AUGCUUAAUAGUAUUCCUCCGACUCAUGAUGAUCCGCCGAGUCACGAGACUCCGAGUCAUGAUACUCCGAGUCGUGAUCAUCCUAGUCACGAGACUCCGACUCGUGAUCCUCCUACUCACGAUCUUGAAUGCCAUGGUAGUAGCGGAUAUUCGUUUGACGGAGCAACUAGGGUUCUGAGAUCAAGAGACUACUCUGUCAUUGCGUCGUUUCUUGAUUUGCAACUAGUAGGUCUGUCCAAGGACAUUACAGAGAUCACCGUUUUUGCUCCUGGUGAUAAAGUGAUGGCAGCCUCUACUGGUAAUUUCAGUAAUGGUGAGUUUCCUUCUAUCUUUCGUAGGCAUGUUGUGCCCUGUAGGAUCAUAUGGCGUGAUCUCGUUAAUUUCAAGAAAGGGGCAUUGUUACCAACAUUCUUGAAGGGUUUCGCCAUCAAUGUCACCAAAUCAGGUGAUAAUUUGCUGUUCAAUGGAGUUCCAGCUACUGAUCAAGACAUGUACACCAGCAAACGAGUCGUUAUUCAUGGUAUUACUGGAGUUCUUGAGGUGCAGAAGAGAGGAGAAGAAGUGGCCAGAGCUCCUAAGAGUGGAUCCGAAAACGGAAGGAUCGAGUCUAAGGUCAAAAAGGUAUUUGCAGGACUCCUGUCUGUUUCUUUGUAUCUUGUGCAGUUCUGA